AGGAACAGAGGAACAGUAGGAACAGAGGAACAGAGGAACAGAGGAACAGUAGGGACAGAGGAACAGAGGAACAGAGGAACAGUAGGAACAGUAGGAACAGUAGGAACAGUAGGAACAGUAGGAAAAGACGAACAGUAGGAACAGAGGAACAGUAGGAACAGUAGGAACAGUAGGAACAGAGGAACAGUAGGAACAGUAGGAACAGAGGAACAGUAAGAACAGUAGGAACAGAGGAACAGUAGGAACGGAGGAACAGUAGGAACAGUAGGAACAGUAGGAACAGUAGGAACAGUAGGAACGGAGGAACAGUAGGAACAGUAGGAAUUAAGUAGGAAUAAUUAAUAACGUAAUAGCAAAUGGCUAGUAGCAAAAGGAACAGUAGGGGAACAUUAGGAACAGUAGGAUCAGACGAACAGUAGGAUCAGAGUAACAGUAGGAAUUAAGUAGGAACAGAGGAACAGUAGGAACAGUAGGAACAGUAGGAACGGAGGAACAGUAGGAACAGUAGGAACGGAGGAACAGUAAGAACAGAGGAACAGUAGGAACAGUAGGAACAGAGGAACAGGAGGAACAGUAGGAACAGUAGGAACAGUAGGAACAGAGGAACAGUAGGAACAGUAGGAACGGAGGAACAGUAGGAACAGAGGAACAGUAGGAACAGAGGAACAGAGGAACAGAGGAACAGUAGGGACAGAGAAACAGAGGAACAGAGGAACAGUAGGAACAGUAGGAACAGUAGGAACAGUAGGAACAGUAGGAAAAGACGAACAGUAGGAACAGAGGAACAGUAGGAACAGUAGGAACAGUAGGAACAGAGGAACAGUAGGAACAGUAGGAACAGAGGAACAGUAAGAACAGUAGGAACAGAGGAACAGUAGGAACGGAGGAACAGUAGGAACAGUAGGAACAGUAGGAACAGUAGGAACAGUAGGAACGGAGGAACAGUAGGAACAGUAGGAAUUAAGUAGGAAUAAUUAAUAACGUAAUAGCAAAUGGCUAGUAGCAAAAGGAACAGUAGGGGAACAUUAGGAACAGUAGGAUCAGACGAACAGUAGGAUCAGAGUAACAGUAGGAAUUAAGUAGGAACAGAGGAACAGUAGGAACAGUAGGAACAGUAGGAACGGAGGAACAGUAGGAACAGUAGGAACGGAGGAACAGUAAGAACAGAGGAACAGUAGGAACAGUAGGAACAGAGGAACAGUAGGAACAGUAGGAACAGUAGGAACAGAGGAACAGUAGGAACAGUAGGAACGGAGGAACAGUAGGAACAGAGGAACAGUAGGAACAGAGGAACAGAGGAACAGAGGAACAGUAGGAACAGAGGAACAGAGGAACAGUAGGAACAGUAGGAACAGUAGGAACAGUAGGAACAGAGGAACAGUAGGAACAGUAGGAAAAGAGGAACAGUAAGAACAGUAGGAACAGAGGAACAGUAGGAACGGAGGAACAGAAGGAACAGUAGGAACAGUAGGAACAGUAGGAACAGUAGGAACGGAGGAACAGUAGGAACAGUAGGAAUUAAGUAGGAAGAGAGGAACAGUAGGAACAGUAGGAACAGUAGGAACAGAGGAACAGAGGAACAGUAGGAACAGAGGAACAGUAGGAUCAGAGGAACAGUAG